AUGCUCUGAUUUGCAGGUCCCCGCGGCCCAUCGUCGCCCUCUUAUCAUCAGAAUCUCCAAAGAACGUGAUAACUUUCAGAUUUAUGCAUCGCUUGGCAGCAACUCGGCCACCUAAGCGCGGCCUAUCGAUUUUCCAUCUGGUGUGGCCGGACAGAGCGCGCGCCCGCCGGGCAUACAUACAUACACCGGCUCGGCCGUAAUCGGCGUGCCAAAGGUCGUCCGCGCGCGGCGCCCGGCGGCGCGGGAGGGCGCGCCGAUCGCCGACACACGGCGUGGUCGGGAGUCGGGACUCAGCACGCGGCCCGCCGCGCCGCGCCGCGCCGGUCGGUCAGCAGGUCCGAGCGGCGCGCCCGGCGCUGUAGCGGCCGCCAGUCCGCCGCCAGUCCGCGUGAGGGCAGCACGGGAACGCGCCGGCCGCCGCACGCGCUUUCGGCGAGAGCGGUGUGCGCUCGACGGCCCGCCGAGUGUCGGUGCAAGUGGCGCGUGGAGAGCGUUGGAGAGUGGAGACCGCACGCGCGCUAUGGGCGCCGCCGUGUGAGUGAGAGCGAAACAAAGCGAGCACGCAGUGUGCGGGUGUGCGUGCCUGUGGGAGCGGUCGCGAUGGUGUCGCUCGACCAGGGAGGCGAGCAGUGUGCCGCCGGGAAACAGGAGCGCCCGCCGGGCGGCCGGUGACGCCUGUGACGAGAGGGCCAUGCGGGCCGAGCGGGCCGAGACCGAGCCGGCCGUGGCUGCCGAGGCCGCUGGAGCCGAGAGCGAGCCGGACCCGGCCUCGGCAGAGUAUGACGACUUUGCCAUGCCGGUGGCCGGCAAAUCACGCGUGGUGCGCGGCCGCGGCUGGCGCGGCGCCGACGGAGACUACGUGCGCUACAAGUGUUUCGACGAUAACGUCGAGUAUCUACCCGGAGACUCGGUCUACAUCGAGAGCAACCAGAAGGACCAGCCCUACUUCAUCUGCACCAUUCAGGACUUCCGCCGGAGCAAGCGGGACACUCUGAUGGUGAACAUCAAGUGGUUCUACCGUGUGUGUGAGCUGCCGGAGAACGUGUACCAGCUGCUGGUGCAGGACCGCACCACCGAGCACGACCCGGGACUGGCCGUUCACCAGCCGGCCGUCAAACACCGCGAGCUCUUCAUAUCGGACGCCACGGACACGUUCCCUGUGGCCGUGCUGAGGGGUCCGUGCAAGGUGAUCCACUACAGCGACGUCCACAAGGUGCGGGAGUACGUGCCGCAGCCAGACACCUUCUUCUACGUGCUCACCUACAACCCCGAGACUCGCAGACUGGCGUCCACACAGGGAGAGAUCCGCGUGGGCCCGUCUCACCAGGCCAAGCUGCCCGAGUACCGGGGCGGCGCCCACUCGGGAGCCCCGGGCCGGCCGACGGGGGCCGAGGAGCAGCGACUAUGGGUGCCCGGCCGCACCGCCGACUCGGACCUGAUGAUGUUCGUGCGCGCCGCCCGCUCGAUGGCCGAGUUUGCCGGCAUCUGCGACGGCAGCAGCACCAACACGGAGUUCCGCAAGCCGGCAGAGCGGGAUGACACCACGCAGAACGCCCUGGAUGUGCUGCACCACUCUGGUUACGAGCAGGGCGUGGCGCUACAGGCGCUGGUCAAGAGCCCUGUACCGGUGGGCGUCCACCAGCGCUGGAGCGAAGAUGAAACGAAAAAGUUUGUGAAGGGAUUGAGGCAAUACGGGAAGAAUUUCUUUCGCAUCAGAAAAGAGCUGCUACCUCACAAGGAAACGAGUGAGCUGGUCGAAUUCUACUACCUUUGGAAGAAGACUCCCGGUGCGCAGGGAAACCGACCGAGGAACGUAGCCAGACAUCGGCGGACCAACGGCAUCCGCCGCAUCAAGAGCAGGAAGGGAGCCAACAAAACCACCAAGGAUGAGCCAGCAGCGGUUGGCUGUGACCUGAGCUCGGCCAGUGAGUGUGAGAACGAUGAGUCGGAAGACUCGGACUCUAACCUGCGCGACAUGUCCCGGUACCACUGCCGGCACUGCUUCACCACCUCCUCCAAGGACUGGCACCACGCCGGCAAGGAUCACGCGCUCCUCUGCACCGGGUGUCGACUCCACUUCAAGAAGUACGGUCAGCUGCCGGACCUGAAGGACGCCCAGACCCGAGAGCCCCCGCUGACCCCUCAGCAGCCGGCGGCGGCAGCGGCAGCGGCGGCGCAGGACGGCGGGCGUAUGCGCACCAGGACACGCGCCAAGGAACUGUCCCGCGGCCACCGUCCGCGUCGCGGCGCCAGCGGCAGUCGGGCCAACACACCCUCCGACGCGGGCCGCCAGUCCCCGGGCGCCGCCAGCACCUGUUCGGCCAGCAGCUCCUCGGACAAGUCGCGCACUUCGUCCCAGCGGCCGCGGCCGGCGGCCACCGCCAAACGGGCCGGCACGCACCUCGACACCCCGGACGGAAAGGCAGCCAAAAAGAAGAAGGGCGUCAAUUAUGCGUCGGCGGAGGACAGCCUGAGCGACUCUGCGUCGGACGAGGCGGGCACAGACGCGGCCGACGCCGACCUGCCCUCGUCGCAGACGUCGUCUCCGUCGCUGGACGACCAGCAGGAGGAGCCGCCGCGCAUCAAGGCCGAGCCGCCGCAGCCGGCAUCGCUGGCCAAGCCGGAGCCGCUCAAACCGGAGCCGCUGCCGGCGGCCGCCCCCGCCCCCGCCCCCGCCCAGCCGGCGGCCACGGCGGCCGCCGAUCAGCCGGAGCGGCCGGCCGAGCGAGUCGAGCUGUCAGAGCGUCAGGCGGCCGAGGCGGACCAGGCCGAGCCGACCGAGCGGCUGGAGCCGCAGGUGCCGGCCGGCGCCGGCGCUGCCACCACCUUCACAGAGUCUUCCAGCGAGGAGGACGUGAAGCCGAGCCUGGCGCGCCUGCAGAGCGGCCUGUCCGCCGAGCCGCCGCUGGCUGGGCGGCACAGCGAGGUCCCGGGCGGCGGCCACACCGGUCCGCACGGGCCGCCGCACGGCCUGCCGUCGGCUCUGCACCCGGCUGGCCUCGGGUACCCGGCAGAGGCGGCGGGCGGCUCACCGCUGCGAACGGAGCCCGUCGAGCCCACUGAGCCGGAGAACCUCACUGUCAAACAGGAGCCGCGUAGCGACACGGACGAACCCCACCGGCCGCCCCCGCCCCCGCCCCCGCCGCUGGCCACUGUCAAGGCAGAGCCGCGGCCGGCCGAGGCGGCGCCGCUCGGACCGCUGGUCACCGGCCCGCCGCCGCCGGUGGCCGCGACACACCCGGCGCACCCGCCGCUGCCGCCACAUCCCGCCCUGCCACCGCUGCCGCCGCACCCGGCGCCGCCAGGGUACCCGCCGCACGUGUACGGCUACCCCUACCCGUACCCGUACUCUGGGUAUCCUGGGUACCCGCCGCGGUCGGCAGCAGGUGCGCCGCCCGCCCCGGCCGGUCACCCCGAGACUCUCGAUCUGAGGAAGGCAGAGAGCCGAGAGCCGGCCGCCCCGACCGCCAGCGCCCCCGCGUCGACGGCUAGUAACGCCGUGUCGGUAGUGACGCGUACGUCGACGGUGCCGUCCGCUUCGGCCUCGAUGGAGAUGGCGGCGGCGGCCGGCGAGCCCCGACACUACCCGUACAGCUACUCGACGAGCGUGUCCUCGUCGGUCCACUACUCGUCCAGUGUCAGCGUGUCGGCCACCACAUCGUCCGUGCUGGUGCCGCCUCAGCAUUCGGUGCAGCACUCUGUCCACCACUCGGUGCAUCACUCAGCGCAGCAUCCAGCUCGACAUCCUGCUGAGCACCCAGCUCAGCACCCGGCUCAGCACCCAGCUCAGCAUCCACCUCGGCAUCCAGCUGAGCACCCGGCUCAGCAUCCAGCUCAGCAUCCUGGUCAGCACCCAGCUCAGCAUCCGGGUCAGCAUCCGGGUCAGCACCCGACUCAGCACCCAGCUCAGCACCUAUCUCAGCACCCACCGCCGCCGCAGCAGCACCCGUCGCAGCUGCCGCCCGUCUCCUCUGCGGCCGCUCCAUCGUCGGUGAUCACCCAGGCGCCAGCGUCUGUUCCUCCGGGCGCGCCGCCGCCGCAGCCGCCGCCGCCGCCGCUGGCCCGCCCCGCCUCCCCGCCGGCGAGUCCGCGGCCUCUGGCGCUAACCCCGAACCAGCCUCCGGCGCGGCCGCCGUCCACGCAGGCCCUACCGCCGACCAUUGUACCGGGCGUGGCCGGCUACCACGACCCGUCCGGCGGCGCGGGGAAGCCGUCCGCGGACCCGGCAGAGGACGAGGAUGAGGCCGGCGACAGCCCACCGGCGGCGCGGCCGCCCAGUCCCGAACCCAAGGUGGAGGACUCGGAGUGCCACCGCAGCCAGAGUGCCAUCUUCCUGCGACACUGGAACCGCGGCGAGAACAGCAGCUGCGCGAGAACGGACAUGACAUUCAAACCGGUGCCGGACAGCAAACUGGCGCGCAGGAGGGAGGAGCGUCAGCGGCGCCAGACAGAGCGCCAGGAGCGCGAGCGGGCCGACCGCGACCGCCAGCAGCAGCAGCAGCAGAGGAAGGAGGCGGCUGAGAAGCAGCGCUCCGCCGGGGAGAAGGGCCGCGGCUCCCCUCGCACCCCCUCGGCCGCGGCGGCGGCAGCAGCGGCUGCCGAACACGACCGGCUGCCGGUGCGGCCCUCCGAGUCGGGCCUGUCGCGACUCAGCGACUACGGCCGUCCGCUGCCAGUCAUCUCGCCCGGCGGAGCGGGCGUGCCCUACUCUGUCGGCUACCCGCUGCCGCCCCACCUGGAGCACAUGGCUCCGGCCAUGGCGGGCUUGCCGCCCGGUGUCUACCCGCGUGACAGGAUGGAGCUGGAGAUGCUGGAGCGGCGCGACCGCGAGCUGCGAGAGCUGCGCGAGCGAGACCUCAACGAGCGCCUCAAGGAGGAGAUGUUCAAGUCUCGCCCGCUGGACGCCCAUUGGUUAGAGAUGCAGAGGUACGGCCCUCCUCAGCACAUGUGGCGCCAGAUGCUGCCGGGCAUGUUCCUGCCGCCGCCGGGCGCGCUGUAUCCGCCGCCACCGUCGCCCUCCCUGCUGUCUGCCAUGGAGCGCGAGCGUCUGGAGCGGCUGGGCGGCUCCUCGGUGCCCCUACCGCCGUCGGCCGAGGGCGCCGACCGGCUGCCGCUCUCCCUGGCCGACCCCAUGGUCCGACUGCAGAUGGCCGGCCUCGGCGUGCCCGUGCCGCCCGAGUACCACACACACGCACACGCGCACGCCCACUCUCACACACACGCGCACACACACCUACACCUACACCCGGGCGACGCGGCGGCGGCGGCUGCGGCGGCCGCCGCGGCCGGCGGCUACCCGCUGCCGCCCGGCUACCCCCCGGGCCCGCGGCCGGCCGGCCUGCCGCCGCUGCCGCCCCGGCCCGGAGAGCCGCCGCUGUUCGCCGCCGGCUACCCGCCCCAUCUGGGACGGCCCUACGAGGAGCAACUGGCGCAGCUGUCGGCUCACGCAGCUGCCCAGGAGCACCUGCAGCGCCAGCUGCUGGAACGUGAGCGGCUGGCCGGCGGCGGUCCGGGCCUGCCGCCGCCGCCGCACGGCCUGCCGCCCAGCUCCCUGCACUCGUCGCUGCUGGCGCACCACGCCCAGCAGGAGGAGCUCAUCAGAUACCAGCGUGAGCGGGAGAAGCGGGCGCUGGAGGAGGCGGCCCGCGCGCCGCCCAAACCCUGAGCUCCCUCCCCUCCCCUCACCCGGCGUCCCGCGGAGCCGGACCUACGUGCAAAUACGGCGCAGUGCCGCCAGAGGAUGCGUGCUUUAUUAUUUAUGAACCGGGAGCUACGUGCAACUAGCGGCGCCGGACUGUUGGAGGCUUUCAGUGCUCGGCGGCGGUGAUGACGUCAUACCGGUGACGUCAGCGGCGGGUAGUGUUAGACACACAUCGAACGGAGCGGUGCCGGGCGGCUGGCGUGGACGGCUUGAAGCCGUGCCUCGGCCGUCUGCUCCUCACACAUGGCCCGCGCCGGUCUCUCGUUCAUCUCACUCAGACGCGGCGCGUGUUGUGCUUGUCCGUCACUGGCGACUGCCCAGCAGCGGGAGGAGCCCCGAUCCAGCAGAGAAGACGCUCGCUGUACCAUUGUUUUGUACAAGGUUCAUAGUGUACAUAUUUCCAUGCUAAUAUAGAUAACUCCUUGCUUUGACACACGAAGUUUUCGUGUUUUUCUUCUCCACCAGCGAACUGGCUACACGCAAGUCAGCAAUAAAGAAAAGUGAAUUAUCAACACGUGAGAGACUGCGCGAUGGAAGAAACUGUUCGACUCCCCAAAAAUAAACGAUCCUUUUGUA